AUGGUGGAGUACAAUAAAAUUGAACCCUCCAACAGCCGCCCCAUCUCUGCCCACGUGGCCGGCUUGUGCCGCCACCCGCCGCCGGCCGCCGCCCUCGACUCGAUCCUCCUCCGCCACUCGGCCUCAUCCCCCGCCCUGCACUCCACCACCACGACCCGGCCGCCGGACGCAAUCUCCAGCAGCCGGUCGAGGUGGGCCCGUCUCGAGAGCGGCGAGUCGACCACCACGCUUAAGCCCAAGUCCAACUGGGUCGCAGCCGACCGCCACAUGGCGUCGUACGAUAGGUCAUUGAGGAGAUUCGCGGCGGCUUCGGUGGUGAGCACCGCGGUUUGCUCGAGGGCUCGUUGGAUCGGGAGCGUGGAGUCUCGGAAAUGGUCCUUGUCGAUGAGCGGGAAUUUGAGGGCCUUGGCAAGGGCGUUUGCUAGCGUGCUCUUUCCGGUUCCGGGAUGGCCCUUCAUGGCUAUUAGAAUUGGCCUUUCUUUUGUGCCGUGUGGUCUUUCUAAUGGACAGACUAGAUCAGUGGUCGAUAUAAUCUACCGCCAUGAUAUUUAA